ACACAAUUCACCACGCCAGAAUCACUCAUCUUAUAAAUCGCAAUCACAUAUAGUCCAGACUACAAGCUUCAAUCAUAUAACUGGUGAAACUUCGUAAAUAUUCUUUUCAUCUUAUUAGCAGAGCAUCUACAUUGUUGCCUAUUUCAGUUUAACUUUUAUUCUACCCUAUCUAAUAGCCCCUUGGAAUAAUAGUCUAACGUUUACUACUAGUAUCAAGCCUUUAGUUGCUAGGUAGAACGUCUACUGAUUGAUUUUUCCUACUUUUAUCAGUAUACAGUAACAUUUAACUUCACCCGCUAUAUGAUUACUUUGUUUACAGCUUCUUAUGGGUGUUUUUGCACGCGUAAAUGCAGUCGCAUUCUCUGAAGAUAUACCAUUAAAUGAAACUGCUUGGGCUGCUAGUGGCUAUGCUCCUUUACAUGUGGAAGAAGCCUAUGUAAUGGUGUCGAAUAACUGUUUUAUAGCUGCUGGAAUAUACGUCGUUUUGCUAAUUUUUUCAGGUGUUCAAUACUAUUUCAAUAAACGAGCCAACUAUUUAGCACAUUAAAGCCAACUAUUCCAUUUACAUAUGCAUAAUAUUUACCAUUUUUGUAAAAUUCUUUCUAAAUUAGAACCACUGAUCCAUAAAGUGGAGGUUUUAAUAUAUGAUUCUUAACUAAAAAACAAUUUGACAAAUUGUACUAAUUACGUAGAUUACCGUAUUUGCUAACUUUUGAAAGAUUCCUUACGAUAACA